UGUUUUCCGCAACUAUAACUGAUAUGUCUCUAUAUGAAGUACUAAAUGUUUCCCCGCUGGCCACUUGUAUUUCGGUCUUCAUCCGUGACGUAGUAACUCCCCUCCUCUUUCGUCGCCCGUAAAGUUCCAAGAUGGGGGACACAUACUUCAGUCCUGUGAAAGAGGAUAAACGGAAGAAAGACAAACAUACAGGUGACUUAACCCAAAAAAUACAUUUGCUACCAAAUAUUUGGUUGAAAAGCGUAGUAGGAGCUUUGCAACGAGAGAGCAAUUCUACGAAUUUUCCGUUUUGGUGUACUUAACGGUCCCAGUGAAUACCGGUCACUUCGCAAACUUGUCACUUCGCAAACUGUCACUUCGCAAACGUCCUUUGUCACUUCGCAAACGCAUCCAAGUCGAUUCGCAAACGUCUUCGAAUUUUUUUUAAAAAGGUUGAUAUAACUUCAUAUUAUGUUUCUUUACAAUCUUUUAUCGAAGAAAGUUUGGGACUGUAAUUGCCUUCAAAUCAAAUACAUUUCUUGUUGCUGUGCAAAACUAAGUAGUUGUACAUUAUUAUUAGCGUUUAGCAGUUAAUACGUCUAAUUCUUCAACAACCCUAAGGCGGUUUCGAUCGAAGCAUAGAUAGAUGUAAAUUUGUGUCUUGUUCCUCUUUUACAUCUAUCUUGGAUAUGUAUUCAAUACCCUGUCUUCACUUCGUGCGUUCCAGCUUACACGGUUGUCGUCAAUCACACAGAAACCAUCACAUUUGUAAAUAUUUGUAAAUACUAGAGUAUAGUUUAGUAGAUCGUCGAUCAGUCGAGUCACGCAAUCAAUUCAUCAUUUAUAAUGAUUAAAAGUAACGUGAUUCUCUUCUGUUGAUUUUCGUUGAUUCAUAUUACGUUUGCGAAUCGACCGAGGACGUUUGCAAACUGACAGUUUGCAAAGUGACACGUUUGCGAACUGACAGUUUGCGAAGUGACACGUUUGCGAAGUGACCGGAUACCGUCCCAGUGGGCCUCCUUUUCUCUUAAUUUUUAUUUGCAUAGCACAGAAACAAGUCUCAGAGCUCUGUCAUGAUAUCAGUGUUCUGUUAACAGCUGAGAAUGUAGACCGAAUCGGGAUAUACCUGUCUAUCCUUUCGAUCGGCUUCUCGGCCCGAAUUGUAAAUUUUCCCAACUCUGUCAUCGUUCGAAUACAAUCCGAAUCCUUUCUACUUAUACCCACGUUUUUCCUAUGCUCUACAGCAUUAAAAUUUUAACCAAAGUCCUCUCUCUUUGCUGGUGUUUGGGAAAGUUAGCUAUAAACUGGAUUGAUGAAAACCGGAUCUGAACUAUGCCGCCAUAACACUUAUGUACUAUACUAGCUUACCAAGGACAGCAGCUGGUCUAUACUUACGCGCCAUCUAAAAAUUAGAGGAGGACGAUGCGUGAUCCAGGUUAUUUUACAUAUCUACGAAUCUGUCCAAAUCUUUGCCAAAAUUUAUAAAGCGAAAGAUUUCCAAGACCAAAUCCACCUAUGCACCAAUGAUCACCAACCUAUUUAUCAUUGUUUUAAUUUAAAUAUGCGACAAAGCCUUUUAAGUUACUGUGUUGUCCACCAUGUCAUUGACCGUCCUGUAAUUUCUAAUAAGGAAUGAUUAUAGAUCAUUGGUUCAUAAUCUAUGCAAUCAUACAAGUGUUUAGCUGGAAAACUUGUCCACUUGAUCACAGUUAGAUCGCUCUCACAUUUUUUUUUCACCCCUGUUAAUUCAUUGACUAGAUCUAUAUAAUACAUCUAUACAAAUGGGCAAAAAAAUCUUGUGAAGGUGAAAUAAAGACUUUUGGAAUUUUACUGCAGCUGUUGUACUCUCCUUUUAUUCUGUUGACAUCUUUUUGAAGAGAAAAGAAAGGGUAUACAUAUAUUUCAUAUAUAUUCAAAUUGCAACGUUUUUGAAAACAUUUUAUACACACACACACACACACCCCCAUAUAUAUAUAUAUAUAUCUUUAUCUAUAUAUAUACACACAUAAACAUAUAUAUAUAUGUGUGUGUGUAUAUAUAUAUAUAUAUAUAUAUAGAUGUUUGCAAGCUUUUUUUAAUUUUUGACUUGUAUGCUCCACUUGGCAACUUGCCUCUGAAAUUGCAUUCCCCUUCUCAAUUGCCAUAGAAGAUUAAGACUUAACCAGGCUACAACUCCUCUACCCAAGAUCCAAAUGGCUUUGGGCUUGAUAUUACUCAUUGAGGGUGAUGAGAGGUUUAUAUAGCUAGUUUCCAGGGAUUAUUGACAUUGUAUUGGAAAAAGAGUAUAUACAGAAAAAAUGUUCUGUUUAGUGACACGUUAUGAGCUUUGUAGUUGGGGAAAAAUCUCAAAUUUUGGGUUAAGUGUGCCCUUCUCUUAAAGUCUCAAAGUGAUGUUAUAGCACCAUUCAGUGUUCUGUCUUCUUCUAUGGAAGUAUAUUUUCCUUUUUUACUUUCCUGAACAUUAAACCAAAAAUGUGAGUAGUGGGUCACAUGUACUCAUGAAAUUGAUUUGUUUGUAUCAAGGUAAUACAACUGGACCUGACAAGACUGAUUCAUCACAAACACACUACUCAGGUAAAGAGUGUGAGUGAAAUAAAUGUAAUGCAGUCUCAGAUCAGGGAAGUUGCAUAAUACUUGAAGGGAAACUGUGGCCAAGUUUAGGUGUCAUUUUAUCCUAGGGAAAGAAAAAGUAUUUAGUCUGUCAGUAUAAUGACUAUAAUCAUGACUUUUGAUCCCAGGCAUUUCACAAAACCACAAUCAUCUCCAAUGGGCUAAGAGACUGAAAAGAUCAAUAUGGUCCUGUGACUGUGGGGAAAUUUUCUUUUUACUCACUCGACUGGCAAAAUAAAAAAGAAGUGAAAAAAAAUGAAGAAAAAGAAAAGUUAGCUGGAGCUGAAGAAUCCAUCUCACUUGUUUCAACUUCAGGCCUACCAUAAUAUAUCAGUCUGUUACAAUUUGAAAUAUUUUUUGUAUGCUAAUUUCCAACAGUCAUAAAACCUUCAAUGUUUUGAGUUCUGUUUAGACACGCUUUUCCAGGAAUGGAAAGACCUUCAAUGAAAAUGCAGUCAGGUCUGAAGUCACUCACCUUCAGCUGGUGAUUUUAAACCUGAUAUAAGACUGCUGCUUAUUUAUCAAAUAUUACACAAGUAGUGUUUGGAAAAACCUUGAGUCCAUUAAUGUAACAUUCAACUUCAGAGAUUUCAAUACUAAGACACAUAUCUGUUAGAAUCUAGGACAUAACUGAUCUCAAAUUAAAGAAAAGUAACUCUGAAAUUUAAUAUUAAGUUUCAUUUGCAAGACAAGCCUUUUUCAACCCCUUCUCCUUGCUGUUUGCUUAUGGGAUGUCCCAUUUUGUAUGUUUCCUAGUAAAUUCAGCCCAUGUUUUUUUGCCAGGCCUAGUAUUGUCACCUUAAGCUUAAACUUUGGAUAACUGAUCAACCCAGCAGCCAGGAAAAAAUUUUAACUUCCUCAAUGAUGAUGUCUUGGUGCUUGUUUUUGUUGCCUGUAUUUCCUCAACUUCCUUAAUCAAUUCACUGCUUAGAUUUUCAACUCCCACAAAUAGAAAGUAGCCUGAAAAGGUCAAGAUUGAGUUAUUUUUAAAGCAAAUCUAAAAGAUAUGAAGAGGAGUUUUCUAGAUGUAAAGAAAAACUAUUUUUUAAUGUAAUUGUUUUGACAGAUUGUGGUCCAACUCGAAGUACUGAGAGACCUGACCAAGCUGCUCUUCCCAGGACAAGUACAACUGAGAUGGAAUCAGAAAAUGGUGUGCCUCAAAGUGGCAGGAAUCCUUCAUGGAGUCCUAGUGAAACAGGUGAAGAUGUUUAAAAAACAUUCUCACCACUAUCCAGUGAUAUAUUAUCUUAAGGUUCUCAACCAAUGAACUGAUAGUCAAACAACACCUGUUCUUUACUUGACUUUACAUCAUGAAACUUUGGAUACCUUUCUACUGAAAGUCUUAAGGAGGGAAUGAUUAAUUAAAGUUUACCUCUGUCAGUGCUGCAAGAACAAUAUGCACUAUCCUAAAUGGUUAAGUUGGAUAUUUUUAAAUAUCAUAUUUAUUUUUUCAACAUUUAAUGUACUUGGUAAGAAGAAACAAUUUUUUAUUUGUUUAAUUUAUAACAUGGCCAACAUAUCAUGGGUGGGAGACACAGUUGCCUAAUGCUUUGUGCACUGGACUCUGGAUAGGGAGGUCUGGGUUCAAGACCUGGCCAGGUCAAUGUGUUGUGUUCUUGAGCAAGACACUUUACUCUGACAGUGUCUUUCUCCACCCAGGAGUAUAAAUUGGUAGCGGCUUAUUAUCAAGGAAGCCUGAUAAAAUACUUGGGAGGUUAAAAUUGCAAUGACUAGCAUGCUGUUCAGGAGGGACUAGCGAUACUCAUAGUUGCUUCAUGCUUUGUAAACUAGAAUAAUCUCUAGCUGGAUUUGAUAAGGUGUGGCAUUCUGGUUUGUUUUGUAAAUUGGAGGCUCUAGGAGUACAACCACAUUUACUUCAAUUGUAUUAAAGAUAUAUGCACAACCAAGAGCAGCAAGAUAGAGAGGAAAUCCCCUUACUGGUGAAGUGUCAACUCUGGAGUCCCUAAAGGGUCUGUGUUAGGAUCACCUCUAUUUCCUAUUUGCAUUGAUGAUGUUUCUGAUGGUUUCGCCUCUUCCCUUGAUUUAUGCAGAUGAUACAACUCUGUUUGAAAUUGUUGAUGAGCUGGCCGCACAAGCUGGUGGCCUCAAUUCUGAUUUAAAUACCUUUUCUGAGUGGGCUGACAAUGGUUGUUAACUAUGAAUCCUUUUAAAUCUCGCAAUGUUGUAUUUUCUACCAAGUGUAAUAAACAACACCCACCUUCUCUUUCUUAACUCCAAGGUGGCCAAAGAUAUGGAGUCUCACGCUCACUUAGGUUUAACUUUUCAGGGUAAUAUGUUGUUGAGAAAUCAUCUGAUUGAGAUAUACAAGAAUGCUUCUAAGCAAUUUAAUAUGCGGAAUUUUGUUAAAUACAAAGUUGAUAGAUCCAUAUUAAUAAGUUUGUGCUUGAUUAAACUACUCAUGGAAUAUAGGGAUGUCAUCUGGAAGAACUGUCAUGAUUGUGAUUCACUCUGGAUAGCGUUCAAUAUGAAGCCGCAAGGGUGGUAAUAGGGAACCAUGCAGCUCUGCAAGUUUACAUGAGGAACUUGCUUGGGAGCUUUUUAGUAUCAGGAGAGAAGUUUAUAAGUCAAGCCAAUUUUACAAAAUAGCCAAGAAUCUUGCUCCACAUUAUCAAAUUGAUUUAUUGCCAAAACUAUCUAGUUAGCUCUCUCAUUUUCAUCAUAGAUCUUGGGAAAACUUCACACAAUUUCCCUGUAAACUGCAAGAAUUUUAUAGUCUUUUUUUCCAUCCACAACCACUGGCUGAAAUUCGCAGGACCUAGAUUUCCAAAACUCUGUGUUUCUUCCUACUUUCAAGCCAAAAACACUGUCAAUUCUCUUCCCCCAUACUUAUAAUAGGUUACAUGGUUGUUCUUUUUCAAGGCAUGCAUCUUUUUAUCACAACAACCUUUGACUUGGGUUGUCUAGUCUUGGGAAAAAUUUCUUAAAAAUUAAUAGUUGUGCAUUGUCUAUUUGCGAGUGCGGCCUUGACUGGAUCAAGGUAUGCCUCUCAGCAUAAUGUCCUCCUUACCUUUGCUGCUAGUUAUAGGUGAGACAUGGUCAUCAAUCAACCAUGGAAUUAAACUAAAUUUUGUAUUUUACAGUCUUAAGUCUGUUAAUUACAAUGUCAACUGUGCUUUUUUUUGCAAAAUUCAAAUUUUUUUUUAAUUAAUGCUAAUUGAUUUUCAGUGGCCGUAGUGUGAUUGUUAAAAUAAUAUUUCCCUUGCGAUGUAAGUUUAAUGCGUAGUUAUUGCAAGUAGUUUGUUGGUGUGUGAGCCUGUAUAACUUGAAUUAAGGUUUGUGAUAUUGAAUUCCCCCUUGACAAGCCAAGGUGCUUUUGGGGAAAACAUUGACAAAUAAGUUUAGAAUAAUCAAAAAAAGUUUGUGUUCAUUAGUGGUGGUUACAAAUGUUUUUUCCCCAUUAACAGCAAAGAGGGUAACCUAUUCUGACAAGCUUCAUUUCUUUCCUGCAUAUAGGUGGAGGCAUUGAGGAGAUCCACAAAGAGAAUGCUGAUGAUAAUGAGUUAAAUAGAGAUCAGCCUAAAGUGGCUCUCACUGGGCAAUCUUUUAAAGUUGAACACAUUCCAUAUAAGGUUCUGAGUGAAAUCUGCCUUGAACUUAAUAUAAAAGAUGAAUAUCUUUUUAACGAUUUCCGCAUGCUGGCAGAAAAAAUGGGAUUUGGUAGAGCUUUAAUACAAAAUUUAGGACAGUCACAAAAUCCCACUGAUGAAUUGCUGAAGCAGUGGUCGUCUAAGCAAGAAGCAACUGUAGGGAAACUCAUUGAGUUUCUUACAGAAAUGAAGAAGGAUGUUGCCGCAGCCUGUCUUAAAGACUGGUUGAAAGAACAGGUUUCAAAUAAGUGAGGUGUUGUGCAUUGGAAUUGUGUCAUAGUAGUUAAACUUAAUGUAAAAGAUCAUUUGCCUUGAUUAUAAUUGAUUAGUGAUUAUUUUUUUGCUUGUUGAAAACAUAGGAAUUAGUGAAGACAAUGCAAAAAUUAGAACAGUAAGAAAAUCUUACCGAUAAGAUUCUCGAUCAGUGGGCUGUUAAGCGUGAAUCAACUGUAGAGAAGCUAAUAGAGUUUCUCUGAGAGAGGGUGAUAUGGAUAGAGGUGAUUUUGCAACUACUCUUGAAGAAAAACAACAAUUUGAAAUGGAUGAAGUUACUAUGCAUUGGAAUUGUGUCAUAGUAGUUGAAUUGGGAGGCAGUCUCCCUAUAGUUUUUCAAUUCUUUUUUAAUACACCUGUACUCUAGGUGUCUAACUUUGAUUAUGAGCAGAAGAAGGAGUGUAAGGAUUGUAUGUUUUUGGGAAGAACAAUAUUGGUAAGAUUAAAUGUCAAAAAGUAUUAUACUAUGUAUAUUAUUUUAAAUCUUGUUCUUUUAAGUUCUAAAUUUUAGUCUCUAGUUCUAAAUUUUAAAAUCAUCAGUUCUGGGGUGACCACAGGACUGCCUGGUAUUGUGGCAUUUGCCAAACCUUCUUGGUCAUAAUUUUCAUUUAAUAGUGGAUUGGAUUAUGUUAAAGUAGAGAUUAAAAGCC